CUGCGGACAGGGGCGCUGAGGGGAUCCAGGGCCCGGCGCUCCCCGGCCGGGGGUACAUCUCCAUGAAUAACUUAAAUGACCCCCCAAAUUGGAAUAUCCGGCCUAAUUCCAGGGCUGACGGGGGUGAUGGAAGCAGAUGGAAUUAUGCCCUAUUGGUUCCAAUGCUGGGAUUGGCUGCUUUUCGUUGGAUUUGGUCCAGGGAGUCCCAGAAAGAAAUAGAAAAAGAGAGAGAAGCGUACCGUCAGAGAACAGCUGCUUUCCAGCGGGAUCUCGAAGCCAAGUACCACGCCGUGAUCUCAGAAAACCGGCGUGCGGUUGCUCACUUGUCUUUGGAACUUGAAAAGGAACAAAACAGAACGACUAGUUACCGAGAAGCCCUUAUCUCUCAGGGGCGCAAGUUGGUAGAAGAAAAGAAGCUUCUGGAACAGGAGCGGGCUCAGGUCAUGCAAGAAAAGAGACAGUUGCAGCCCCUGAGAAGUGCGUAUCUGAGCUUCCUGGAAAAGGAAGAUGACUGGCAGAGGAGGGCCAGGCUUGUGCUGAAAGAGUUUGAAGACGCCCUUACAGAAAGACAGAACAUCUACUGCAGCCUGCUCCUCCCCCGCGGCAGGCGGCUGGAAAUCGAGAAGAACUUACUGGUCCGAGCAUCCACCGACCCAGUUGCCGCUGACCUGCAGAUGGCGGCUGGCCUGACCGACAUAUUUCAGCACGACACAUACUGUGGCGAUGUCUGGAAUACCAACAAACGCCAGAAUGGGAGACUCAUGUGGCUGUAUCUCAAAUACUGGGAACUGACUGUUGAGCUGAAGAAGUGUAAGAGAGUUGAGAAAGCCAUCCUAGAGAAGUAGGGCAGGAGCAAAGUACAUCUUCGGUGAUGCUCUGGUGUCCCGGGGCAUCACCGUGUUGUCGCUUCCUUCUGUAGCCACCUUCCAGCUGAGUGGUCUUCCCCUCCCACCACUGACUGAGUGGGACACAGGGUCUCUUCCUUGGCCCUCUUCAGCUGUAAGGAUGCAGUUUCUCGGGAAAAUUUUUU